AUGUAUUUAGUUUUGUUUAUUGUUUCUGUUUUAUGGUCGACAUCGUCAUCUCUUCCUGUCUCUGAUGGCGGAUUAUCGCCAGAGUUCAUAAAAGAGGAAAACCGAACUUUAACAAUUCUUGAAAAAGAAACGCGGGAAACCGGAGAUCCGUUCGAAGGUGUUUGGAAAAAAUCAAUCCUGGAGACAUUCUACAAAGAAUUUAAAGCUCAUGAAGGGUUCGAUUCAAAAAAUCUAUCGAAAGUCUAUAGAUUCCCGGAGAUUUUGAACCUUGGAGAAAUUCGAAUUUUGAUAUGUUAUUGUUUCAAGGAACCGCCGUUUUUCAGGGACUUAAACACAGAUUUGAGAGAUAAUGGCGGGAAGAAGUAUCCAGCAGCAACUGAAGUAUUAAAUCUGGCGAUAAGCAAAUUGAUGAAGCACCAAAUAGGAACAAAUCAAAGCCUUCCAGGAAUAUUAUUCAGAAACGAACCAGAUUUUCUGUUUUCAGUGUACCAGGAACUAUUGAACAAGUCUGAAAACGGCGUGCUGAAACAAUUCACCUCUACAAGUAGAAGUUAUGAAAAAGCCAAGAAAUUUGUCACUGGUCCUGGUCGAAUGAUAAUCAAAUUAGAAGAUCCGCGAUUAGGCGCUGAUGUGGAUGAUUUUUCAAUAUUUGACGAAUUUGAAGUUUUGUUACCAGUAGCGGGAGUGUAUACAGUUCAAAAAGCAACUCGGGGUCAGAAUAAUACAUUUGAUGUCGUCUUAUCCGGUCCUAGAUCUUCUGGUAAUAUUAAACCUAGCUGUAAUAUAUUGAUAAUAUUUCUGUCUGCUUUUAUUAUAAAAUUUAUAUAG